ACGCAGACAGUUCACUUCCGGUAUUUGGAGCUCUGUUGACAUCCGUCUCUUUUCAUCAUCUGUCAGCUCAGUGAACCCGGACUUCCCCCGGACUUUGAGGUAUCUCUUCCCCGUCCUCUCAGGCCGGAGACAGAGCGAGGUACUCGGGGUGUCUCGGUUCAUGAGGAGCGGGCUGUAGGAGCUCAGCAGCCAGGAAGGAGACAUGUCUGCGAGGCUGCUGGUGGUGCUGCUCGGGGGUCUGCUGGAGGUCUGCAGCGGCGUUUCAUCCAACAGAGGAGGAUACCCGACUUUCACUGAUGAGAUCCCCUUUAAGAUCCACUGGCCGGGCCCGGAGUUCACUCUGCCCUCUGCAGGUGUGCUGUAUAAAGAGGAUGAUUUCGUCAUCAUGACCACAACAGAGAAGGAGAAGUAUAAAUGCCUCCUGCCCUCAGUGUCCAUGGGAGAUGAGGACAAUGAGAAGGAGUACGCCGGGCCCUCUCCUGGCAUGCUCCUGGACCCUCUCUUCAAACGCAGCAGCUGCUCCUACAGGAUUGAGUCGUACUGGACGUACGAGGUGUGCCAUGGGAAGCAUAUACGACAGUAUCAUGAGGAGAAGGAGACGGGUCAGAAACUUAAUGUUCAGGAGUACUUCCUGGGGAAUAUGGCACAGAAGAGCACGUCCUCUGAAGCAGAUAAAGCUGAAGAGACAGAAGAGGAGAAAUCUCUAGAUGAGAUGGAAGUUCCCUCCAAGAACAUCGAAGGUCAGCUGACUCCGUACUUCUCCCUGGAGAUGGGAAACGGGACUCCCUGUGGGCUGAAGCAGAACAAGGCUCGCUCCUCGUCUGUGCUGUACGUCUGCCACCCUGAGGCCAAGCAUGAGAUCCUCUCUGUGGCUGAGGUCACGACCUGUGAAUAUGAGGUGGUGGUGCUGACUCCGCUGCUGUGUGCACACCCGAAAUACAGGUUCAAGUCCUCCCGUGUGAACGCCAUCUUCUGCCAGGCUAUGUCCGGCUCCCCUCAGCGGCCUCAGAAGCUCUCCAUGUUCAACAAAGAGCAGGAGGAUCAGAUGAAACCGCCUUUCCGUGCCAGCGUGGAGACCACAGAGGAGGAAGUCUCACCAGUGAGAGAGGAGGCCUUCACCUCCACCCACAAACCCAUGAUGGUCGGAGGGCAGACUCAGGUCACUGUCGGGACCACGCACAUCUCUCGUCUGACUGAUGAGCAACUGAUCAAGGACUUCCUCAGCGGCUCGUACUGCCUGCACGGGGGGGUAGGGUGGUGGAAAUACGAGUUCUGUUACGGAAAGCAUGUCUACCAGUACCAUGAGGAGAAGGAUCAGGGAAAGAACAUCGUGGUGGUGGGGAACUGGAACAUCGAGGAGCACAUCGAUUGGGCCAAGAAGAACGUCGCCCGAUCCUAUCAGCUAAAAGACGACGGACUGCAGAAAGUCAAGCUGGUCUCCCAUUUCUACGGCCACGGGGACUUGUGUGAUCUCACAGGGAAGCCCAGGCAGGUCAUCGUGAAGCUGAAAUGUAAGGAGUCAGAGUCUCCUCACGCGGUCACAGUCUACAUGCUGGAGCCUCAGACAUGUCAGUACAUUCUUGGGGUUGAGUCCCCGGUCAUAUGCAGAAUUCUUGACACUGCCGAUGAACAUGGACUCCUCUCGAUCUCCAGCUAAACUGAACGAGAUCACAUGACAGUUACUAACGACGCAUGAAGGACAAGAGGAGGGCGGAUGGACAGAGGUGCACUAGAAGAAAUAAAACUAUAACCUCUUUGUGAGAGGAGGAUACAUGCCCAUGAAGCUGCACCAAAUGCCAAACUCCAGGCUUAACCUGAUCCUGGGGCUGGUCUUCAGGUGACCUCAGGUGACCUGGGAGCGCAGCCUCAUCCUGUGUUCAUCUGUGCAGUGGGCGGAGCUACAUCAGAGCCUAGACUGAGGCGAAAUGGAUCAGAAGUGGUGAAAACAGCAAACCGGGGCUGAAGCCUCACUCCAUAAGGCAGUAGAUUUUAUUGCCUGUCCUUCAUAUCUAUGCUUCACUUUGUGUUGAUCUAUGUCAAGAGAAGAGGGUAAUGAAUCAGCAAAUUUAUAAUCAGGGAAAAGCAACAGUAGUCAUGGUGGUUUUAUUGUCUUUAAGUUGUGUAUGUGUGUGAGUUUGUGAGCGCCACUUCGAGUUGUGAGAAAAUGCAAACCUGAGAAUAUUUUUGCAGUAAUUAGACUGUGUGCUGAGUUACUUUACAGGAUGAGUGAGUUUAACUUAUGCAUUAAAGGGUGUGGAGAAGAGUGGUUAAUUCAAAUGUUGUGUAAGUCUGUAGGAUAUGCAGAAUGUCUGUGGGCUCCUGAAAGAGGUUCUCUGUGGUUUUAUGAAGAUGACACUGGGGUCCUGUUAACUGCUGUAUCACAGGGAUGAAAAUCAAUGCAUUUACAGGAGAGAAUAAAACUCAAACAUGAAACCUU